AUGUCCACCCUCUUCGACGAAUACCACUUAUCUGUAGACUUUAUAUUGGCUAAAAUCUUACGCUCUGUCUCUGAAGUCGAACGUCGCAACCUUCUCCCUAAAGCCAAGCCAGUAACUCAAUACCUUAUAUUCGAAGCAGGAACGGGCUCACGUCUCCUUAACUCAGACUUCUUGGACAAAGGUUAGUUUGUUCGCCGAAAAUCCUCGAAGGCGUCGUCUGUGGUCAGUGAGUAGAUUUGAAGUGGCAGCCUAAGCCUGAUGAUUUUAAUGAUAUUGAUUCUAAACUAUUGCAUACUUCACCUCCUCUAUGCUUUUUUGACGAAAUGAAGCGUGUGGUUCUGAGUGCUGAGUUGUCGAUGCCGGUCGGUUCUCCCGAGGUGUACUUUUGUUCUGUCUGGCCUCCUGUCCUUAUUUUUCCCUUGCCCGCAUAUUUUACCUUUAACUUGCAGAUGUUACUGAUAUCAUUAUUUUCCUCACUUUAGAUCAAUCACACACAAGUUUUGAUUCUCUCGACAAUUCAAAUCGCGUGGCUCCCAUAGAGUCCCGGAGUUUGUGUGAACAGCCUACGCUCACUCCGAAUACCACCAACAGUUCAGGCGUCUUUUUUGGUAGCCCAACACCUCACGCCUUUGACAUGAACGUCACACCCAUUAAGUCCCCCAACGGCCAUUGUUUGUCAAAACCCACGGGACUCACCUCAUCUACGGAGUCCGCCAGGCACGCUUUCUUGGAGGCAGGCUCAAUGUGCAAGUCACCCAACAGUUCCAUCAUUGAGAGCUACCCCCAGGAGAGCCUCCCGCCCACCUUCAUCUGCAGCUGGUCUGCGGAGAAGGUGGCCAAUUGGCUCACAGAGUGCGAUCUCUCCAAUUUCACCAAGGCCCUCGACGGUUUGGACGGCUGUCUGCUGUGGGAGCUGGCUCGUCAGAGGAUUGUCGCACCGGAGAGUUUUUAUGCCCACCUGCGUUCGGACCUCGGAAUGACCAUGAUUGAGCGCCUGCGCCUCAGUUUUGCCCUUUCCCGGCUUUCGAUUCUACGUGAAGACUAG